AUGACAGUUUCUUCCGGUGCAAACUCAGUUGAGAGAAGAAGUUUUCUUUCUGGACUUGCUCCACUGGAAGCUGUAUUAUUUGAUGUUGAUGGAACUCUAUGUGAUUCUGAUCCCCUUCACUAUUUUACCUUCCGAGAAAUGCUUCAAGAGAUAAAUUUCAACGGAGGGGUUCCCAUCACCGAGAAGUUCUUUUCUGAGAAACUUUCUGGCAAGCAUAAUGAAGAUAUGGCCUUGGUUCUUUUCCCCAAUGACAUUGAAGGAGGCAUGAAAUUUCUUGCUGAUAAGGAAGCCAUGUUUCGGAGAUUGGCCCCGGAAAGAUUGAAGGCUGUAAAUGGCUUAUACAAAAUGAAGAAAUGGGUUGAAGAUCGCGGCUUGAAACGGGCUGCAGUUACUAAUGCUCCAAGAGAGAAUGCUGAACUCAUAAUAUCGAUUCUAGGGCUCGCAGAUUUCUUUGAAGCUCUUAUAAUAGGGAAUGAUUGUGAACAUCCAAAACCACACCCGGACCCUUACUUGAAGGCUCUUGAAGCAGUCAAGGUGUCAAAGGAUCACACUUUUGUAUUUGAGGAUUCUGUUACAGGGAUAAGAGCCGGAGUGGCAGCUGGGUUGCAAGUUGUUGGGUUAACUACAGGAAACCCAGAGCACGCAAUGAUGGAAGCAAAUCCUGCCUUUCUCAUAAAGGAUUAUAAUGAUCCGAAACUGUGGGCAGCUCUGGAAGAGCUUGAUGAUAAUGAGAAAGCAGGAAAAGCUGAUUCUCUUUCAAAGAUGAACGCUAGAGUGGCAGCUGGGUUGCCAGUUGUUGGGUACUCGGGUUGGCUACAGGAAAUGCAGAGCAUGUGCCGAUGGAAGCAAAGCCUAACUGUCUUGUAA